ACAGACAGCCAUCAACAAUGAGACUGACCCCAAAGCAGGCAGUGUCGCGGGUGCUUGUGGGAGACGGAGCCCCGCUCCGAGGUGCAGGUUUUUGUGUUGCACAGGCCGGGGCCCCAGUAUUGCUGCAGGUUGUCCGGUAGGGUGCCUGUCGAGCUGAAAGCACGCUGUUGAUGUCAGAAGUGGAAGGAGGGGAGGGGGGGAAACGUGAGGAAUGGCUGAACACUGGCGCUGCUCUCCUGCAAGGGAAGAAACCAGGACGUGAAUUAUCGUCCGGUUAGUUUGGCUAAACAUUUAGCUGCCACACAGAGGCAGUCAUUGUGAAGCAAGCUUUACCCGGUAAAGCUAGUGAGUUUUUUUUAGUGUAAUUUCAUGGGACAACGAAAACGCAAGGUAGGCUGCUGCUCCUGUCGUCAACGCUGUUCGUUUAUUUUUUCAUGGACUAAUACGACAGAAAGCCGUUGAGAAAUGUAUCUCCGAAAGAGCGCGCGCCUCGGAGGCGGCGUAAGCUAGCUUAACGUAGAAAUUUUCUUUUUGAAAAGCGACGGGCAGUCUUCAUGUGUUUAUGCGUCAACUGACCAACCACAUGAGAAGACAGCGUCCGUAGUGGAAGAAAGCACAGACGAAGGCCCUUUUCCUCUUCACCUGUGCCACCUGAACCGACGUGAGGAAAAUGCGUGCGGAUUUGUUUUGGAUAUGUUUGUGGUGGUUCCUUCGCCCGUGUGCCUCCGGUCAAGGGCAGUCGACGGCUGUGUGUUCGCCCUCCUGCAGCUGCGACGAAGAUGGGGGCGCCGACUGCUCCGGGAGAGGACUCACCACCGUCCCAACAGGGCUUAGUACUUUCACCUACUAUCUGGACCUGAGCAUGAACAACAUCACUGAGCUUCCAGCAAAUGUAUUCAAGAACUUCCCUUACAUGGAGGAACUACGGCUUGCAGGAAAUGACCUGACAUUCAUCCACCCUGAAGCCCUGUCUGGACUGCAUCAGCUCAAAGUCCUAAUGCUUCAGAACAAUCAGCUUAAAAGUGUCCCUAGUGCAGCUCUGAAGAACCUCCAGUCUCUCCAGUCUCUUCGUCUGGAUGCAAACCACAUCACCACAGUUCCAGAUGAAAGUUUUCAAGGCCUUCAGCAGCUACGCCACCUCUGGCUGGACGACAACCACCUGACCCAGGUCCCUGUUGGCUCUCUGACACACCAGGCAAACCUUCAGGCUCUUACGCUGGCUCUGAACCGAAUCACCUACAUACCAGCCAACGCCUUUGCAAACCUCACCAGUCUAGUUGUGCUGCAUCUUCAUAACAACAGAAUCAGGGAGAUCGCAGGCAACUCCUUUGCUGGGCUGGUGAACCUGGAGACUCUAGAUCUUAACUUCAACAACUUGAUGGUGUUUCCUAAAGCAAUAGAAGCCCUGCCCAAACUGAAGGAACUGGGGUUUCACAGCAACGACAUUUCUUCCAUACCUGAAGGGGCCUUCCAUAACAACCCUCUGCUGCGUACCAUACACCUUUAUGACAACCCUCUGUCUUUUGUGGGCGCCACAGCUUUCCAGAAUCUGUCUGAUCUACACUCUUUAAUAUUGCGUGGAGCCAAUAAGAUGCAGGAUUUUCCCAUUCUUACAGGAACUAAAAACCUCGAGAGCCUGACCCUGUCUGGAACCAAAAUAUCAUCUUUACCCAUGGAUCUUUGUGAGAACCUCAGGCUGCUGCGAACGCUUGACCUGUCCUACAAUGAAAUAGAGCAGUUACCAUCCUUCCAGGGCUGCAUCCACAUACAAGAGAUAAGUUUUCAGCACAAUAGAAUCCAACAGAUCGACAGAGACACCUUCCAAAGUCUCUCUGCACUCCAUUUGCUAGACCUGAGCAGAAAUCAAAUCCAAGUGAUUCACAGAGACGCCUUCCUCACCCUAACCUCCCUCAACAACCUAGACCUGAGUAUGAACUCUCUGACUACUAUCCCUUCAAGAGGCCUGAGCGCUGUCAGUCAGCUGAAACUGUCUGGGAAUCCUCAGAUGAAAAACAUGCUGACGGCUAAAGAUCUACCAAAACUCAUGUCCAUCUCCGUCCCCUAUGCUUACCAGUGCUGUGCGUUCGUCGGGUGUGACUCCUCCUCCAGGGAUUCCAGCAUGAAGAAAUCUGCAGGUGGAGAUGAUGGAGAACGGAUCUCCAUGGUCAUGCAUUGCUCUCCUUCACCAGGAGCUCUAAAGCCGUGUGAACAUCUCCUGGGUAACUGGAUGAUCCGCCUGACAGUGUGGUUCAUCUGCCUGGUGUCGCUGGUCUACAACAGUUUGGUGCUGGUGGUGACAUUCUCUCCCGUUCACCGGUCAGUGGGUCACUCUCACUUCCUGGCCCCGCCUCUGUCUCCAGCCAAACUGUUGAUGGGGCUGCUGGCUCUGGCUAACCUGCUCACGGGCCUGUAUGUUGGUGUGCUGACGGCGCUCGAUGCUGCCACGUGGGGAUCCUUCGCCAACUUCGGUGUGUGGUGGGAGAUGGGCCCUGGCUGCCAGAUCACAGGAGCGCUGGCGGUCUUCUCGUCAGAGUGGUCCGUCUUGUUGCUGUCCUUGGCUGCUGUGGAGCGCAGCGUCACCGUGAGGAAAAUUCUCGGAAAAGGCAUCAUCUCACCUCGAAGAAAUCCCAACCAGCAUGGAAGAUGCUUCGGAGGAGACCGGCGCUUCGGGCUGGCCGCAGGGCUGCUGGGCCUGGUGGCUGUCGCCGUAGCCUGCCUACCUCUGCUGGCCACCGCCGAUCAGACCAUGUCCCCCCUCUGCCUGCCCUUCGCGGGCGGUGAGAGCGCCAGUCUGAGUGUCACCGUCAUUCUGAUGCUGCUCAACGCCCUGGCUUACCUGUUCACGGCUGCCGUGUACACCCAGCUGUACUGCCACCUGGGCAGAGUGGAGCUGGCAGAUCCAGGCCAAACCGGCGCCCUCCGCCACGUAGCCUGGCUCAUCUUCACCAACUGCAUCUUCUUCUGUCCCGUGGCCGCUUUCUCUUUCGCCCCCCUCUUGACUGGUUCCACAGCCGGUGGGCCGGAGAUUGCCAAAUCCGUCACCCUCAUUUUCUUCCCGCUGCCGGCUUGUCUGAACCCGGUGUUGUAUGUUUUCUUUAGCCCCGCCUUCAGAGAGGACUGGCUCAGAAUUCGAGGGGGUUUAAGCAGGGAGGUGAAAAAUAGUGCUGAAAAUCACCAAGAUGACGGCGGUGGAGACUCUGAACUCACAGACGGAGGUUCCUCCACCCACCUGGGCUUUGACUGUGGCAUGUACACACAGAUCUGUGGGGAGCCAGUUGUGUGCGAGCAGUGUGAGGCGGCGCUGCGUGCCCGGACCUGCUCUUCCCCCUCGUCCUCGGUCUGCAGACAUUUGACGAAGUCUUAUAGCUGUCCCACCCUGCUGGCGGGAGCCCCGGCGUGCCAGCGCAGCGGGGGGUUUUGGGCGGACAGCAGCACGCCCUCCGCUCAGUCCGAAUACGCCGACGAGGGAGACUCGUUUGUGUCCGACAGCUCAGACCAGAUUCAGGCCUGCGGCAGAGGCUGCUUCUGCCAAAGCCGAGGCCUUCCUCUCGUACACUACUCACACAACAUACCUCGAGUCAAGGACUGACAGCUCCUGUGUUCAUAUGUGAAUCUAGAUUCUCCGGGAAUCUAAGAAAAUGUGCCAACAACCCUUUUUUUUCACCAAGCACUUAUGUUUGUAAUUAAAAGAUGUGCAGCCAAUCAUUCAAAGGGAAACUGACUUUGAAAGCUAAAGAUCUGAACUGUUCAACAGAAGAAGCUUUUGCAUUCGUGCCUCUUGAUUCUAUUUGGCUUAACGGAUUGUUGCUAUUUUUAUUUUUGUCCUUUUUCUGUUUUCUUAAGCUUUGUAAAUAUGAAUCUUGUCAAAUUGAAAGCUUCACCACAUUGACGGUUGAUUUUAUACAUUUUUUAUACAUGUGUAGCAAAUGUAAUAAUCAUAAUAGAUGUUUUAGUAUGAAUGUAAAAUAUUGUCUUCUCUCAGUGGGACAAAUAAGUUAAAAUUCAUGUGGGGUUGGUAGAUGGAAAAGACAGGAAAAACAAAAAGCCCAUGCUUUAAGUUCAUUAAGACUAAGAAUGUGAUCAAAGUAGCAGAAAUCACUGUUUCAGGCCGGACCACGCUCCAUGGUUUGGUUCAUACAUGUUAUUUAUUGCUUUAGCAGCAGUGGUGCUCGCAUGGAGAAUAUUUCAGGUGUAUAAAAAUGUGGCCUCUGAAUGAUGAUGUGUACAGAUUUUAGCACAAGUAUUCAUUCGAACAAUACAGAGGUUUCUGCAGGACACACGUGCACAAACACAGGUUUGGGUUUUGUGUUCUUUUAAAUCGUGGUUCUGGUUUAUGUCUUGGCCUUCCCCUCUUGAUUCUUUUACCAUCAUUUUUUUUUUUUCCAAAAAUGUCUUAAUGCCAAAUACACGUUUUAUUUUUAUAUUUGAGAAAUUAUAAUGAACUACAUUUAAAGCUUUGUUUUCCAUUCCUUGGUCCUAAAAAAGUUAAAAAUUUAAAAUUAAAUUGAUUUUACAAACAAUCAUUUUUUGUAAGAUAAAUACAACACUCAAAUACAGAUAAUCCAACUGCUCUGUUACAAGUCUAUUUUGCUGUCAUUUAUUGAAAAUAUAUAACAAAUGACAUUCAUCAACCUUUGAUUUUCAAUAUCUAUAGUCCUUCAGAGACUGAAUCAGAAAUUCUACCGAAAAAAAAAAAAAUCUCCUUUAAAACUGGGAAGACUUCAUUGAAAUAUCAGUGAAAUUGGUUUUGAUUUAAGAGGAGCUCAAACUCAAGAAUGCAUCAAGUAAAAAAUGUGAAUGUAAUCCUAGAACCUGAUUUAAAGGCACCACUCUGAUGAGCUGAAUCUCUAAGGACGUGUAAAGCAAAGCCAAAAGCCACAUCGAAAUAUCGCUGAUCACUACCUGUGUGAAUAUAUUUUUAUCUAUCGUCUGUGCCACUGUGUAGCUCGAUUGAUUUGGAUUCCACAGAAGAAAAAAAAAGAUGUACUUUUUUAUUUUUUCCUUUUAGGCAACUCCGAUUCUGAUUGUAUAUUAAAUGCAUCUGUUAUCAGAAGAGGGUUACUGUGAGACGAGGUCAAACACAGAACGAGGGCUGGAUUUUCAUGGUUGGGGCUGAGUGAGCGUAAUUGUGACACGGGCCUGACUGACAGCGGGUGUACCGGAGCAUGACUGCACAAAUUUAAGGUGGCUACACCCUCAGAGCAUGUAUGCACAAGUGCACGUCAUGUGAGAGCUCAGGAAUUUAGGCAAUGCAAUGUACUCUUCCACCAGCAAGACGUCUGCAAACUUCACCAUUCAAUGUUUUCAAUCUCUGUGUCAAUCAUAGUUAACCAAAAAAAAAUCAUUUGAUCUCACUUACCUUUCAGUCUGUUGAUUGUAUUUGUAAAUUAUUGGAAAAAGGAAAGAGGUAAUCAAAAUGGGAUUCUGACUAAGGAAGCUACCUCCUCCUCUGUAGUUGCUGCCUGCCUGUUAACAAGUCUGUAUUCAUGUGUCUGUUUGCCUCGGCUUCAUGUUCAGUUUUUGUUGUUUUGUGCUAACUGUGGGAGGAAUCUGUGUACUGUAAACUGUGAUUUCUUUUUUUUUUUUUCCACUAAACCGUAAUGUUAGGUUUCUUUCAUUUUUCAGAUAUAAAGUUGCAGAACAUAUGAAAUAUUUCACGUAAUUACAGUUCAUAUUGAAUCUUACAUGUUCUUUUCAUGUCAGAUCUCGCGUUGCUUUUUAUUUUUUAAACUAGAAAAUCUGUUUUUUAUGCUAAAGAAUAAAGCUUAAAAAUGUU